UUCACCAGAAGUGGCGAUGGCGUUUUUUGGCCUGUGUUGCUCCGCGACCGAAAAGUGGUGUUUCCGUGGCAUUUUCUAUGAGAAACGGGAUCGUUAGUAUCGCUUUUGUGAUUCGUAACGAGUGGAAACGCGCGAGAACGACGGCUACGUAGCAAGAGGUUAGAAAGAGGAAGUGCGAAAACGGUGGACGGUUAAGUACAUGAACUCCCGCUUUCUACGGCCGGCGAACGUAUUUAUCUACUGCAGCAAAUGUAAUAUUUUAACAAGGAGGUACGAGUAACUCAAUUCGGAAGACACGUCUCGCUGCGCGUAAUCAAUCGUGUAUGCUGAUAAAAGAGAGAUAAAGAGAUGUCAGAAACGGAGAAGAAAGAGAGUGGUAUGAUGGAGGACCAGGACACGUCCUCUGGAAACUUAGAAAAGCACAGUAUGUCCAUAUCGAACGAAGUCAACAGCUUGAACGAAAGUCAAGACUUUCGUCUGGUAGAUACGAGCGACGACGAGUCGCAGCAGAACUUGGAGAAUGCAAGGAACAAGGAAGUACCACAUUCUGUGUCUGGUGACAAAGUGGAUGUCACUUUGAACGAAGUGAGAAUAACGGUCGAGCAGACAACGAUGCCCGAGGUACAAGACGACGAUGGUGUAAAGGUGGAGUAUACGCAGGAUGUCGAGCUUACGAAAAGAAAAGAGGAUGAGGGAGAACAGAAAACUGUGAACGAAAGCAGCGUCCCGCAGAGCAAAGAGCAGUAUACCAACGAGGAUGAGGAAAUAAUACAGUGCACGCCACCUGCAACUUCUUCGCCAUGCCAGAAGCAAAUUGCUGCUAAUGUGGUGACCAGUCUGAAACGCAAGGCAGAAUCGCUUGAUGAGCCACCUGUGAAAAUUUUAAGACUAGCGUCCAAAGAGGAUACGACGUCUGAGGAGAGAAUUCAGGAGGAAGAGGAAAGCUGCCACUCGUUCAAGUCUGACGAUUCUCAUCAUGAAUUUCCAAAAAAUUACUCAAACGCAAAUGUUAUAAUUGCAGAGACUCAGGAUGCUGAGGAAAACGAGGACGCGAAAGACGUAGUAGAAUUGCCAGCAACGUAUAAAGAGAGAGCCAGAGACGAGAAGCAGAACCCCGAGUUGGAAAUGAAAGAUUACGAGAUAGACAAGAACAAAAAUUUUAACGAUACGUCGAAAUUAUAUCAAGCUAUUACGAAGAGAGACUUUAAUGAUGAGAUAUCAGAGUUGAAAGAUACGUCAGAGUCCAGCGAGAAUAGGACAACGCAAGUAGAGAAAGAUUCUCCCUUAAAAGCCGUUGCAGUCGAGAAACUAAAAUCUGAUCUGGGUAAUAAAAACACUGAUGGUACCAAACCAAUUGAAGCGAAAGACAGUAAAGUAACAUACAACGAGAAAACAGAAGACAAGGCAAAUGGUAUUGAUACUGCAAGAAAUACCACUUUGCAACAAAACAGCAGCAGUAUUCAAGAAAUCCUGGUUCCUGAAGAAUCAAGCGAAUCUCACACCAACACGUGCUCCACCAACAUAUCUAAAUCAAGAAUGAGCAUAGAACUUCUGUACGAUCAAACUACUAUUCGCGAGGUUAAGCCAAAAUCUACAGAAUUAGUAGAAAUUGACGAAGACGGUGAAAAGAUAGUGUUGGAUUCGUCUCAAGAAGAAUCGGAGGGGAAAACAGAAACUAGGAGUGGCCUGGAUAACACCAAAUCUGACACAAUAUACAAAAGUUGCUUAGAAACUAAAAGUAGCAGUGAAUUUAGUUAUAAAUCAAUAGAGAAUACCAAAGAAUCGUCUAUUGAUUUGGUUAAGUCUAGCAAUAAAUUGGUAAAUGGAAGUAGCGAAUCAAAGAAAUGCGACACAGACAGCACUGUUAGUCUACAGUCAGACACGUUUAACGAUAUGCCAGUUCUGGAUAAAGCAGAGAGCAUUGGCGCGGUUACGCAUAAUGCAAAUAAACAAAUUAAAGCAAUCUCUGUGUCUAAAGACAGCGAUCACGCCGAUUUGUUAAGUGUAAGUGACAAUGAGCCUGAUGUUUUUAUUGUAGAUGACAAGAGUAAAUCAAACUCGACUCAUAGUAGUUCUAUCACGAAAGCCUUACAAAUGGAGAAAGAGAUCGGUAUAUAUGUCAGAAUGAAAUGCUUGCUGCACAUUGACGAAGGUACAAAGGAAUAUGUGAGUAAAGAGAUUACGAAUGUGCAGUGUGAGACUAUCGCUGCAGAGCCCACUCUAUCGAGGCAGAAAAACAAUGACACGUCUGCUUCGUUGGCAGAUAUAUCUGGUAAUGACAACAAGGAAGCAUCCCCCGGUUCAGUAAAUAGUAAUCCGCAAUUGUAUCAAUUGAAUCCUUCCAGACUUUCAUUUGCCUCGACAAUCAGCUCUUUGAGUUCUGUGUCCAGUGCCGCUUCGUUGGCAGCCAAGCUUGCAAUAAGAGACAAUAUACACUUCUCUUUGCCAAGAGCACCAGCGAAACAUGCAAAGAGACUCGCGCAAGAUAUUCACUCGCUGACCGAGAAACAAGCAAUAGACGAGACGUACGAACGUCUGAACAAAGAAUGGCAGAACAGUCGCCUUCUUACAACGACCAUAUUGAACUUCGCGAACGCAGAACUCGCUGGAACUGAAUCGUACAACAUCAGCAACGAGAGGAUAGACGACCAAUUGCAGAAGAUCCGGUGUUCCACGCCGGAAGUACAGCAAGAUGUGGUCCAGCUGCAAACUCCCAAAAGCACGAAGAAGAGCAAAGCGGUGAAGAGGCCGAAAAGUAAAGUCGCCAAGUCGGACGACCAGUCGAACGGAGUGAACAAAAUUCCAAAGGUGUCGAGCCUCGCGGAGAGCACGCCAAACAAAAAGAAGAGUAAAAUGGAACAUACGAGCAAUGUACUGCCGAGCACCGUGAACGUUUCGACAAAGCCUCACGUGAUAGCAGAUGAGUUGAUCGGCAAGGACGUGUUUGCGAAAUGGUCCGACAAUAACUAUUACCCUGGCACGGUCAUCGACAAGAUAAAAAUGAAGUACAAGGUAAACUUCUACGACGGAAAGAACAAGAUACUCAUAGAGGAUUUUGUUAUACCGAUACCGAAGGUUUUGAAGGAGGGCCUGUCCGUAUACGCUGCUACCAAGAACUACGACUACGGAUCGUGCGGCAUAAUCGUUCACGCUGAGACUAUAGGUAACGAGGUGUAUUACACGGUGGAGACGGACGAAGGAGAGAAGCUGCGAGUACAGAUCAAAGAUCUCUCAUUGUCGGCCGAUCAAGCUCAAGUGCUGAAGGAGGAGAUCGAUCUGGAGAACAAAAACCUACCAUCCACGCCGAAACAUCUGGGCCAAGUAACGUUAGACAACAUGGUCGAUGGAAAACGACGUUCCAAACGUAUUUCCACGCCCAGUUUUACCACUCCUAAAUCUAGACUAAUUCAGACAUUCGCGAACAGACUCGAGGUAGAGCCGUCGGUCUCGGGUAUAACGUCAACGAUCAAGAAAGAGAGGAAGGUGUUCACCGAAAGCGACGGCGUUUCCAGCGACUCGAACGUCUCUAUGAAGGUUGACCCUGAAUUCUCCAUUGGCAUACAACCGGAGAUAAUUGGGACCCCGUACGAGCAGGUUGUGAAAGGGCCGCAGAGUCGAAUCAAGAGCAAGUCGAGAAGUAAAAAGAAAGUGGACGACGAGGAGACGAUCGCGACGUUUGGCCCGAUUCCGCACACGGACUCGAAUCUCUUUAAAGGCAUGUCUUUUCUUCUUACUUGCGUAACGUUAGAGAGCAUCGAUCGGUUUCAGGACGACAAGGACGACAAAUAUGACAAAUCCUCGGAUCCAGGAACGUCGGAGGACGAGUUAGAAUGGUCGAAGAAACCCUUUAUAAGAGAUAGACUGACCAAACAGAUCGUGGCAGGUGGUGGAAAGGUCUAUGCAGACUUCAACGAAAUCCCUCAAGACGAGUACAAAAACACGAAACUAAUAACGAACGUGCCAAACACAACUGCAAAAGCCCUCCUGUGUCUUUCGGUCGGUAUACCCGUUUACAACCACAACUGGAUAAUCAGAUGCUGUCAGGAGGGCAAGCUGGUAAAUCCAGCUGAAAAUGGAUUGCCAGCGGGAUGGAGUUUGGAAAAAAAUGCGUAUAUUGAAAUGUUCCAAAGACCCAGCAACAAACCACUCACUCAGGUUGUUGUAAUAAUUCCAGUUGUAGAGUCUGAGAAACAGUUUGCUCCAUUUUGGCGUCAGGUCUGUGAAAACGCAGGUGCUGUUGUCAUAUUAGCAGAUAAACGAGGUGCAGUGGAAAGUUUCGAACAGGGAACUGUAGUUCUUACAAAUAGUUUAUGCCCGUCGUGGGCAGUGGAGGAAGCUAGUAAACUACAAAUCCCAUUGCUUUCCACGACAUGGGUCGUUCAGUGUUUGAUAGAGGGGAAAUUAUGUCCGUAUGAUGGAAAAAGUCGUUAUAAAUACAAUUAUAAAAAAAAUUAGCUACAUUUAACAGCCGGGAAAUUGCACAUAUAAUUUUGAAAACAGGUGAGAUAUUCUGUCUUCAUAAAUUAUGAAAUCUUCUAUUUUCAUUAUAUCAUUCUAGAUAUAUCCAAUAGAACAAGAAUAUUAUUUCCAAAUAUUAUCAGACACUUCAAAGCACAUCUAUUUUCUUUCAUUCUCACGUAUCUAUUAUAAAGUACUGGUACUUUAAAGUCGUUGUUUCAGUAGUUUUCCAAUGACGUUACAAAAUCUAUUUUUGAUAAGUGUCUGAUAAAAAAAGAAAUUAUAUUACAGUAGCUAAAUAUGAUUCUAUUAAUAAAGUAUGUGUAAAAUUACUUUAUGGUUGACAAUGUCGAAGAAUGUUUUAUAUAUUGCGUAUUGUACGGACAUCCGAUGUAAAGAUUUCUGUUUCUUGCGAUUUUUUCAUUAUACAGAACGUAUAUAUGUUUAUUAUAUAUCACAUUACUUAUAAAAAAAAAAAAAAAAAAAAAAAAAAAAAAAAAAAAAAAAAAAAAACAAAAAACGUAGAGUUAGAAUUUUGUAACAUUUUGUAUAAAUCAAAUUCUAAAUCAAAAAUGACUUUUGUAAAAAAAAAAAGCAAACAAAAAAACAAAUGAAUUUUAAGAAGUUUCGUAAUUUAUAGUCGCAAUUUUCGCGAUCCGAUGUUAUUAUUUCACUAACACUAAGUUUUUUAACACAGAUAAUUUGUCGUAUUAUUUUAAAAUAUCACCUUGCAGAAAGUUAAAACGAUACGCGAAUAGUAUAAUAUAAUUAGAAAUCUAAUAAUAAUUCAUAUUUACAUUAAUGUUGUAAAUAACUUGAUAUUGUUUUUUCUUUCGUAUUUAGCAUAUUCAUAUAUCAAAUAACGCAUUCAAUUACACACGAAUUAUUAUUACAUUUCAAGAGCAAUUUUCUCCUCGCAUUUACAUAAACAAUUAUCUGUUUUUUUUUUUUUUUUUUUUUCAAAAAAGGAAACAAACUUUUCACCAUCAGGAAAUAGACAAUUUGUUAUAAGAACUAUUUUUUCAUUAAGAUUUCAUUAAGAUAUGAUUCUAACUUGUAUUCGUUAACUGUAAUUCGGUGACUUCGCAACAAAUAUUAAAAUAACUGUAAAUCAAAGACAAGUGGGUGGAUGUGUCCUGUAAAUAUUUUUUUACGUAAAAUUAUAGCGCAGAACAAAAUCUAUUUACAUUACAAUUUUUAUGUACUGGAUAUAUAUCCCAGAGGAAUUUAUAGAACUCAUUACUUAUUCAUAAUGGGUAUAUGUUCAGUAAGAAAACAAAUAUCAAGCGAGUUGCCUCUAAACACUUCAAGUUAAGAUAGCAUUAACGUUCUUUAAAUGAUGAAAUGUACAAGAGGAUUUAUCCUGUGAAGUGUUUCCCAACACUUUAAUUAAUUUACAGAAUGACUUUUGCGUUGAACCAAAUAUCGAUAAGAAAAAAAAUGAAAGAAAUUGUAUGUGGUGGUUGCACAUAUGCGAAUGUGUAUAUAUAAGUAAAUAUAUACAUAUACUACAAAUUUUACUGUAAGAUGUAGCUAUUAUGUAAAAUGUUUGGGGAUAAAAUACAGUGACAUAUUUUGGCAAA